AUGCAUCACGACACCACUGUGGUGUUGCACAAUCGAAGGGAGCAAGAGCGGCGUCCCCGCUCGUCUGCGCUGGCGCUGGAGGCGAGCAGCGACGCGCGCGAGCUGCGACCAGCUGCCAGUCAGACUCGGUGCCUCAUCGGCGGUGAACACGCGUUGCCCUGGAACAUGGCGACCGGUCGCUAUACGCACGCCGUCGUCAGCCGCAUCCCGCUAUCAUUACGAACGCGCGGUGAAAUUGACCUGGAGCUCGCGCGCCGCCAGCACGAAGCGUACGUGCGCCUGCUGCGCGAACUCGGCCUCGACGUCAUCGAGCUACCACCCGACGAGUCGCUGCCCGAGUGCGUCUUCGUCGAGGACACCGCCGUGAUAUGCAACGGCAUCGCACUGAUUGCGCGCCCCGGUGCACCGCAUCGUGAGAAAGAGGUGGAAACAAUUCGAGUGGUGCUAAAGAAAGAACUAGACCUGCCAAUUAUUGAGAUUCAGGAUCCUAAUGCGAAGUUAGAUGGCGGCGAUGUCCUUUUUACAGGACAAGAAUUCUUUGUUGGGUUGUCUGAAUGGACGAACGAGGGUGGCGCACGCGCUGUGGCCUCUGCCUUCCCUGAAUAUCCAUGCACACCGAUAAAGAUUCCUUCUCCACGCAAACUAAAGUCUUACGUGACUAUGGGCGGUCCUUGCUUGCUCUGUGUGGGCGCCGGCAAGGAAUGCCAGGAAGUCCUUAAACGCAUGGAACGUGAAGCUACCUAUAGUUAUCAGACCAUCACGCUACCCGAGGACGAAGCGGCCAACGUUUUAUACUUGAACGGAACGCUUGUGCAUCGAUCCGAGGGAGAAAUACCAAAAUCCUAUCAGGUAUUUUGUGAUAAAAUCGAUUCAAGAAGAUCACUGGAAAUAACGGAACUGGCGAAAACUUCCUGCGGCUUGACGUCCAGCUGUCUACUAGUCAGGCGAUUACGGAUAUGCAGGAAUCUUUAAUUUCGCCAAGACCUAGACUUACUUGUCACAGCAACAAAUAUGGCCACAUAAUGCUCAUGCUCAGCAAUCUCACAAAAUAUUCUGAUUUCCUCGCAUUUAACGCGCAUUUCAAUAACUCAACUUGACACAUACCAUUUUAUUGAUGAUUGUUGUUGUGUCCAUGUGUCUCAAACACCACCUCAGGUCUUCAUCUUGUCUUGACUGUACAUGACUAUACUGAAAACAAAAACAAAAACGCAAGUGUUAAUGUAUAUAUUAGAGUUUAUGUACCUUUAGAGUCGGCGUAACUUAUAAAGUGUUAUAGAGAAAGAUUUAGAACUAAUAUUCAAGGACCAGUACUAGGAAAUUCUGUUAUAAACUAAACAUUUAAAUGUAAAGUGAACCAUGAUAAUAAUGUUAUUAGAAAAUGGAGUUUAGAUUAUGUAUCAAAUUAAUAUUGGCAAGUUAGCUUUUGUACUCGUUUUGGUCAACUUUUUGGAGUAACAAAAAUUAAGAAUUAAGACACACGCGCAUAUCUGCAUGGUACAUUAUUGAUCAUUUAUUUUUUUUUUAUGUAUAUUUUUAUUUCGUUUUCAUUCCAAGUGAAUUCUCACUACACGCGAACUGCGACGGCAUUUAAUGCGACCUUAUUUAUUUUCUAUUUUCGAUAUAUCUUGGUGUAAUCAGUCAGUAUUUCGAUGUUAUACACUCACAGAUUUCAACUGCAGUGCAGCUACGAGCUACAAACGCUACAAACUACUAUUUGGUGGUAUUUAUAUAUUUGUUUUGUCAGAGGAUAUAUAAAAUGUAUCGGUAUUACCAAGUAAAACAACUAUUUCAUGAAUAAAUAUUGUUGUUAAGUGAA